AUGGAUUCUUCACUUGAAGAUGUUGAAAGAAACAUCGAGAAAAGUGAACACAAGAAUCUGCUGCUGCAGUACAGAUGCUGUUGCAAGAGUAUUGAAAUAAAGAAAGGAGCAUAUGCCGUUGCUGUUGUAUACACCUGCAUCAUUAUAUCCAAUUUAUGUAUGAGAGCAACAAAAUCCGAAGAAGUUGAAUGGAACUGGCAGUUGUUGUUUUUAGUGAGUGAUUCGAUUGCAGUAAUCAGUCUUUUUUAUGGGAUUACUAGACAGCAUGCUGCUUUUCUACAACCUUUCACAGUGCUAAGUAUGUUGACCAUAUCAUUCUGCCUGCUCCUCUCGUUUUUCUAUCUCUCUGCAGUGAUUGACCCAAGCUCCUACGCAGCUGAGCAAAUUGAAAUUGUUCUUGCCGAUAAGGUUCAAUACUUUGCUGAUCUUCUAAACACGACCCCACAAACAGUGAUAAUAACAACCGGUGCAAUUGGGUCUCUCGUCUACGCAUGCACGUUCUUUCUUCACAGCUGGUUUAUGUUUAUUGUGGUUCGAACGGCACAGUACUUCCGUGCUGUUACAAGUUUAUGA